AAUAAACAUUCGUUAGCACUACAACAUGGUUGCCAUUUCUCGUAUAUUAUCUCCCGGUUUACUACUUGUAUCCCAAGACCAGUUCAGAGGUGUAGCUGCACCUGAGUUAGCUGCAGAAUCCCAAUAUAACAUUGUGAAAUACCUAGCAGCUGCUGGUCCGUACAUUCAAAAUCCAGGAUUUGGAAUAUCUACUGAUACCCCUGACCAAUGCACAAUUGAACAAGUUCAAUUGUAUAUGAGACAUGGUGAACGAUUUCCUGGUCUUGAUGCCGGUAUACAUCACAAGCAAAUCGUGGACAAAUUACAAAGCUAUCCUGAUACUUUAAUGGGAGACUUGGCAUUUCUUAAUUAUUAUAAAUAUUAUGCAACGGAAGAUCUUUACGAAUAUGAAACUACACCACAGAAUUCACCUGGUCCUUAUACUGGAUAUGAGACAGCUAUUCGUGCUGGAGCAGCAUUCAGAGCUAAAUACGGGCAUCUUUAUGAUGAUAGUAAGAAAUUGCCUAUAUUUAUCGCUGCCUCUUACCGAGUAUAUGAAACUGCCUUGAAUUUUGCUACUUCGUUUUUAGGUGAAAAAUAUUCUCAGGACAAACUUAACAAAGUGAUUAUUAGUGAAAAUGCAACUAUGGGUUUGAAUUCUUUGGUGCCUAGAUGGGGAUGUCCCGCUUACAAGCCAAAUGGAAAUAAAGAUUUAGUAUCAAAAUUCCCAACUCAAUAUUUAGAGAAAAUUGUAACCAGGUUUCAAAAAUCUAAUCCAGGAUUAAACAUAACUACAGACGAUGUCAGCCAAUUAUUUCAAAUUUGUGCAUACGAGAUGAAUAGCAGGGGAUACUCUCCAUUUUGUGAUUUGUUUACUGAGGACGAAUAUGUAACGUAUGGGUAUAACCAAGAUGUAUUUUUCUAUUAUCAGUCUGGCCCAGGAGGAGUCAAUAGCAAAUUGGCAGGCAGUGUGCAAUUAAAUGCAACCUUGAAUCUUUUGAAAGAGGACAAUCCAGAAAAUAAAAUUUGGCUCACGUUUACUCAUGAUACCGAUAUUGAGUUAUUUUCUUCGGCUCUUGGAUUAUUUGAUCCUGUGACUCCGUUGCCUGUUGAUCAAGUAAGGUUUUAUGAUUCAUAUCAUCAUGUGGAUGUAAUACCUAUGGGAGGCAGAUUUAUCACAGAAAAGCUUAAGUGUGGAGAUACAUUUUAUGUAAGGUUUGUUGUUAAUGAUGCAGUUAUUCCAGUUCCAGGAUGCUCUGACGGACCUGGAUUCUCAUGCAAACUUGACAAAUAUGAAGCUUAUGUUUUGGACAGAAUUGGCAAAUAUGAUAUUGCAAGAGAUUGUAAAGUUCCGGACAAUGUGCCUAAUUUCUUGAGCUUUUAUUGGGAUUACAAAACCGUUAACUACAAUGCAUCGGUCCCACGUCAAACGGCAUAGUGAUUUUGCGUAUCUGUAGAUAUUAUAUAGAUAGUGCCAAAUCUUAAAUGGUAAUUUGCGCUUAAUUAAGAUAAUUUUUUUCAGGGCAAUAAUUGCCAAGCCCCACGUUGGCGCCGUUUUUGUGGCAGGGGUCAAUAUACUAAGUCUUUUUAC